AUGGUUUCUCUUAUUAGCAUUGGGUCACAAUUAGGCCAGGGAGGACGCGCACGUGUCUGGGAGGCCGCAACGAGUGAAGGGCAGGUAAUCGCACUCAAGGCUUAUUGGAAGAAGCGCCAUUCUCAAGAUGAACGGAUUGCAUAUAAGCAUCUCCAAGAAUUGGGCCUUGCCCCUACUUAUCUGCCUCGAUACUAUGGCCCAGUCCGUUUUACUCGAGACAAUCUGCGAAGUAUCCUAUAUUACAAGCAGCCUGCUAUAUACCGAACUGGAGUUGCAAUUGAGAGAGUAAAGGGUCUCCGUCUCGACAAACGUCUCAUGAAAGAUAUGUCUGAUGAAGAACUUAGAUCUCUCGAAGAAAGGCUUUUGGCAGCCUUGUCGGAUCUCCAUAAUAAUGGGAUUUGUCAUAGGGAUAUUAAAGGUGACAAUAUCUUACUGGCAGGCUCUCAACACCCGUGGGGUUUUGUCAUUAUUGAUUUUAGUGACGCAAUCACUCGGAAGUCUACGCCUUACAAUGCACAAUGGAAAAGCGCCUGUAGCGGGGAUAGAGUGACUAUCCUGGAAUUAUUCAAGGAUGCAAGGUCAUCAAAGGCAGUCAUUGCUGGUUGCCAACUCAUUCAAGAUACGAUAUCUGCCCUGCCUUCAAAUACAAGCGAGGUUGAAAUUUCAGACCAUUUCAACCAGGACCUACAGGUACAGCUCUCAGAACUCCUAGUUUCUGCAAGAUCCGGCUACACUGUUACGCUUCCAACUCUCGUCGACCGGAUAUUGUCCACUAUCAAACAUCCUGUUCCACAGCUCGGUCUACCACUUGUCUGCGCCCUUCGUAGUUUGGGAAGGAACGAUGAUGCUCUUUGCAUAGUUGAAGAUUGCAUUGCCGCUGGAUUUGCUGAAAGCAAUGCCAGCCUCAUACCUUCAUUCGACUACCAGAAGGCAUUGAUUCUAAAAUUGCACAAUUCUAAGCCUUUAGCUCUACGAUAUUUCAACAGCGCAUUAUCAGGCUUUGAAAAACAGCUCGGCCCCGAUCAUAUCACUACCCAAAGCUGCCGUUACGACCUUGCUUUGCAUCAUAUCAGCUGUGGCGACCUCAUAACUGCCAAAACCAUGCUGGUUAGUAUUGCAGAAGUUAUUCGAGCCAAAAAGCGGAAGACAAAUAGCGAGAAGCACCUCUUGCAACAUAUAGGUUGGAACUUAAGAGCAGCCAGGUUUGAUAGAAUACGCCUGGAGGAGAACGAUGACGCCCUAUUGGUUGAGGUCACUGUUGAUACCAAAGUCAAGCCAUAA